CGGGGGCCUGCGUGCCGGUUGGCUGCGGCUUUCCGGAGCGGGGGAGGGUCCUGCCCCGGGGCCGCGUAGCGAGUGCCGGACCGGGGCCGGGAGGAAUCUCCUCCGCUAGCCCCCUGUAGAGCACAGUACUGAGCAGCUAAAGUUGCCGUCGCUGCGGACUCCCCGCAGACGUCCCGCGCUGGCCGUUCUCGCCGGCCGUCUGCGAUCCGGCCCGCCGCCCCGCACCAGGCAGCGCCGGGCGCCGCAGCGCCCGAGGUCCCCGCUCGGCCCGCCCGCCGCGCUGCCGGCAGCCCGGGUCCAAGAUGGCGGCGAUCGCCGAGUUGGCGGCCCUGGGGCGCUGCUGGCUGUGCCUGCUGCUGGGGCUGCCCGCGAUAAACGUAUAUGGAGCACAGCUGUCAUCAGAAGCUUGCAGGGAACUUGGCUUUUCCAGUAACUUGCUCUGCAGCUCUUGCAACCUUCUUGGACAGUUCAAUCUGAAUCAGUUGGAUCCAUUCUGUAGGCAGUGCUGCCAAGAAGAAGCUCAGCUGGAAAGCAGAAAGCUUUAUGCAGGAGCUGUCCUAGAGGUAUGUGGAUGAAAAUUGGGAAGGUUCCCUCAAGUCCAGGCUUUUGUCAGGAGUGAUAAGCCUAAGCUAUUCAGGGGACUGCAAAUCAAGUAUGUGCGUGGUUCUGACCCUGUACUGAAGCUGCUGGACGACAGUGGGAACAUUGCAGAAGAACUGAGCAUCCUCAAGUGGAAUACAGACAGCGUGGAAGAGUUCCUAAGUGAAAAAUUAGAGCGUCUUUAAGUCAUUGCUUUUGUGUUCCCUUUUCAGGUUUUUUCAUGGUAAUCAUCUCAGAUGAAAUGUGCUACAGUUGAAAAAACAUUCCAGUUUCUAUGUUAAUUUUUAAAUACCUGUUGUGCUGCACUAAACAGCUUGUAAUUGGAAGGGGAAGCUUCUGAACACAUCUGACAAAUUGACAAACAAAAGAGCUUUCAGUUCUUAGUGCAUUUAUCACUAACAAAAUGCUUUGUUUCCAACUUUGUUGUGCAAAUAUCAUUUUGUUAUAAUUGGACUUUUUUUUUUUUUUAACAAACACCCUUUAAAUUUAAGAGCUUCAGAUAAUUGAAAUGGUUACCAUGCUCUUGUGUGCUGCUCUUUAUAAACAUUUCACAACCAAAAGCAAUGUAACACCUCCCAAAGAACCUUGACUGCUAAUACCCUCUUCUUUUUUUGUAUUUGCAAUAUCUCUUUUUUAGAAGCAUUGUUUACCAUGACUAUGUAGUUCACGGGUUUUGAAGCUGAUGGAGGAACUCAUGUUCUAGUGCUGCAAUACAUUUGGUAAGCACACUUUAGUGAAGACUGCAUAGAAAACCUCUGAGGUAUGUGCUAGUCAGAUGUCAGGUGUGCUUUGCAUCAAGUGUUUUGCUUCAGAGAACAUGAAAUAGAAGGAAAAGAUUUUCAAGACCUAUAAUUUUCACAAAUUUAUUGGAAUUCUCUCUAUCAAAUAAAUUUAUAAACUGUU